AUGCGAAACUUCAACACAAACAUGCCAACAUUGGAUCGAAGCUGGAGACAGCCUAUGGAUUACGCCCUGAUGAGUGCAAGCAGAUGUGGGUCUCUUCGAGAUCUUGAACGGGAAAUCAAGAGAAGAAAAGUUAUGGCCGAAACGCAGGAUCUUUUUCAGCGAGAUCGCCCAUUCUCCGAAGAAUACAUGCAGUGUAAUAGAAAAGUGACGCAUUCUGAGUCGAGUUUUGGCUCUGAAGAAGACGAUAUUGCCGGAGCGUUAGCCACGGAUAAAAGACGACAACAACCUCGUGUCUGGCUCAAUUAA